AGCUCCUGUUCAUGGUGCUGGUGGUGGGGUGGGUGUCAUGCGGCGGAGUGAUAGCUCACCAUAGCAGCUAUCCUUCCUCUCCCUGCACCCUCUCUCCCAUCCCUCCCCUCCCUCUGCGAGAGCCCAUGUUCAUGGUGCUGUUGUUGCUCUCCCCUUCCCUCCCGCCAUCCCGUUCUCUCCCUCCCUCCAUUUCUCUUCAGCCCUCCCCUUCUCUCCCGCCCUCCAUGUCUCUCCUGCCCUCCCCCUCUCCCCUGCCCUCCCCUUCUCUCCUGCCCUCCCCUUCUCUCCCGCCCUUCCCUGCUCUACUGCCCUCCAGCCAACCCUCCAUUCAUUCUAUACCGCCCUCCACUUCGUCCAUACCCUUUGGACAACCCCUAACCAUGUCGUGCAUGAUCUUCGUCCCCGCCUUGUCCUGCGUGCGCGCAGGAGGGAAUCAGCGGAUUGACCAGGGCUUGGCAAAGGUUAAGAAGACCGACUGGAACGUCUCGAACUCCCACCGGAAGAACACCGAGUGGAUGACGGGUUUGCACCGAAAUGUGCGGUGGAUUAUCAAGGACCACUUCACACGCCACACCCCCGUGUACAACACAGUCGUGCAGGGCUUCAAGUGGGGCGACCGUGGCCUGUAUGUUCACGAGUCAGGAUUUGAGGCGUUCAAGGGGACGGCCGCGCCUGACGAGGAGAAGAAGGACUUGAAGGAGGAAGAGCAGGAGGUGUACGACGCGGAGGACUUGAAGACGGAUGACGAGGAGGAUGACGAGGAUGAGGAGGAGGAGGAGGAGGAGGAGGAGGAGGAGGAGGAGGAGGAGGAGGAGGAGGAGGAGGAGGAGGAGGAGGAGGAGGAGGAGGAGGAGGAGGAGGAGGAGGAGGAUGAGGAGGAGGAGGAACAAGGCAUUGGUGGAGACAGCAAGGGGGGCAGCACGCCAGGCAAGAAAGUAGAGUCAGCAUGGGGGGUAGCACGGGCGGCAAAAGCGUUUAGUCAGCAAGGGGGGCAGCAGUAG